GACAGAGAGAGAGAGAGAGAGAGAGUGAAGUCCGGACUGAUCUGCUCCGAGGGCAGAGCGUGUGAGCAUCGCCACAAACUGAGCCCCAGCAUCGCAGCAGCAGCAGCAGCAGCAGUAGCAGUAGCAGCAGCAGCAGUAGCAGUAGCCAUCGUCUGCGCGGCCACUUGGCGUCGAUUGCCCCGGAGUUCGCCGGUGGAAGAGACUGAUUCGGGAUCGCAGUUCGGAGCAGCACAAAGCCCUGUGGCUUUCUCAUUCCCCCCCGACAGUAUGGGUGGGGGAGUGGGGCUUGUGCUCUGCAUCGCGCUGCUCCGCGCUGUGUCGGCUCGAAAUCCUGGUAACUCAUCAAAGGCAGUAGCCCCUCCUAGAAGCUUUGGAGGUAUUAUUCAACUCUCUGAAUAUAUUGAUCUUGCACUUAUCGAAGGUGAAGAUUCAGGUCAGUUCAGCGGAAGUGGAUCGAAAGAUGCUCCUGGAAUUGAUUCUGAUGAAAAUAAAGUCAUGGAUUCUGUCAAAGACUCGAAGAAACCCAAUCUACAUUAUGUGGCUAUUUCGAAGAUAACAGGACAAUAUCUAACCGGGCCAUGGAUGACCAUAUUUAUUCCUUCAAUUUAUACAGCUGUUAUUGCAAUGAGUUUGCCUCUCAAUUGCUUAGCAAUCUUACUGUUCCUGUUUAAACUGAAAUUGAAAACCCCGUCCGUAAUCUUCAUGGUGAAUUUGGCUAUUGCAGAUUUACUAUUUGUGCUGUUGCUUCCCCUAAAAAUCUCCUACCAUUUCUCUGGCAAUGACUGGGGAUUUGGUUCUUUCACGUGCCGAAUGGUUACUGGUGGAUUUUAUGCUUACAUGUACUGCUCUGUGCUGCUGAUGAUGUGCAUAAGUGUUGAUCGAUUUUUUGCUGUGGUUUAUCCAAUACGCUCAGUCUCAUGGCGUAGCCCUAAACGUGCUAGUGUACUUUGCAUUGUCAUGUGGGUUCUGGCUAUCACUGGUGCGUUACCCCUUUUCCUUUCUGAACAAAUGGUGUAUAUCAGCAAACUGAACAUUACAACCUGCCAUGAUGUGCUACCUCUCUCUACGCUACAAAACCACUCACUGUACUACUUUCCCAUCUUGUGUACGCUGUUCUUUGUACUUCCCCUCAUUGUGACCUCAAUCUGCUACAUAUCCAUUAUCCUUACUCUUUCCUCUUCAAGUCUGUCGACCAAAUGCAAAAAAACUCGUGCCAUCGGUUUGGCUGUGAUUGUGCUUUUUGUGUUUAUUGUCUGUUUUGCACCAACUAAUAUUCUUCUACUUAUACACUACUUGCACUUUUAUCACAGUGCAAGUGACUCAAUGUAUUUUGCUUAUCUCCUGUGCCUGUGCAUCGGGAGUGUGAGCUCUUGCAUUGACCCUCUGAUUUAUUAUUACGCCUCAUCUUUGUGCCAAAAGCAUUUGCAGAGUCUGCAGUGCUGUGGGCAAGCAACUGAAUCUGGGAGUAGUCAGACAGAAUGCAAGAACAGUAAAACAGGGAGCUCCACUGAUACUGUCUCCCAGAAAUUACUUAUCUAAAUUGAUUACAUUGCCACUUACUGAAUUAGUAUUCUUUAUUUAAUGACAUUACGAUAUAGAUUUCACAAUUCUGUGACAAUAUCAUCUUAUUGUAUACCUUCAUUGCACAGAGUUAUUCUACAUCCAUAUAAUACCUUAACUUUACCUGUGAGAAAAGAACAAUCCCUGCAUUUAAGUUUAAAUUAUUUUCUUCAAGUAACAUUUAUUUUCUUCAUAGAGUAUAUCUCAUUAUGUGUUGUUUGACUUUUGAGUACGUCCAGACCCACAUUGGCAACAGAAAUUCCAAGUCUUGAUGUAAUUGUAUUUAAAGUGACUUUAACCCCUGCCCUGAACUUCAGUAUUAUGCAUUCCAUAAAUGCCUUUUCUUGCCAUGUUCGUCCAGUCAAUGGGUCUGGUUACCUUGAGUUUAGAACAUAAACAUUAAUGUGUUGGAUAGUGUAGUUCCUUUUUUGCUUACUUUGCUUCUAAAAUACUUAGCAAAAUGUUAAGAUUACAGUUGACUGCAAUUUCAAAAUUGUAAAUGUAAUUGGCUGGCUCCAAUUCCAUUCUUUCUUCACUUUCUUUUGUCAUAUUUAGGGCUGGCUCUGAUUGUUAUAAUAACUAGUAGAUGGAAUUUCAUACUCUAAAUGAAAAAAAUAUAUUUGCAAAGUUGUAGUUAGCAAUAGUUAAAGAAGUCAAGCAUAUUUCUGGUAGAAACCAAUCUCAUUUAUUCAUACAUAGCACAAACUCAAUGAAGAAGACAUUUUACAAUACUACAUAGCAUUGUUAAGGGUUUACUGCAACCCAGAUUUCAACUGUGUCCAAGCUUCAUACGUUAUUUUCAAUUUACAAAAAUUGUUUCCAAUAACAUUCUUAAAUAUUAACAUGAAAUAUUAAUAUGCUCUGUAAAACCUCUGAACCAUCUGGUUAACCAUCUGAAUAUUAUUAUUCUAUUUGAUAAGCAAGAAUGUUAAUCCAUGUGUGUUUGUUGGAUAUUAUAUACUAUGUCUAUGUAACACUAAAAUUUGUUGAUGCUCCAUGCAUUUCCUAUUGAUGGACAAAACUCUAAAGGCUCAUUUAAUAAGAUAUGUGAAGUAAUUUAUGUGUUACUUUGCUUUCCGCUUAUUUUACACAGUAUAUAAGAUUGUAACCAGAUUAUGUUUAAGUGUGUUUCAUCAAUUAUUGCAUACAUGUAGCAUUCUUAGAUUUCAAAAAAAUUUAGAAAUUCAGGCUAAUGAUAUUAAAAAUGAUUUUAUUACUUCAAACCAUUCCACGAUUGCUCCUCCAGUUACUCAAAUAAACGGCCCCCCGAGGGGGAAAGUUUUAGAAGAUU